GUUCCUUUAGCACAUUUAAAACACACUAAACCGUAUACGUUGAUAUUGAGAAAAAACCUGCACAUCUACACCCUUUCCACUCCCACUCUACUGAAUAAGUUAAAUAGGGGAAGACGAUGUCUUGGGUUUUUCGUGGAGUGGUUCGCUGGAACAGAUAGGCUACUGUCCAUUUUAGGCUAAAAGCAAGCCAAUAUUUCCUUUAUAUUUCUACAUGAAGACUACUUUUUGAAAGGGACCUGAUAAAGACAAAAGGAGCAGUAGCUUGGGUCACGGUAUCAACCCCCUGUGCACUUUCUUGAUUGCGACAGUAAGUAACUACUCACAUUUUGUCUACCACUGGCUGAAAAAUCACGCAAACCCAACUGCACAAGCAGAUGCUAGUAACGUAUGCAAAGUUUUAACCUAACAAAAGUGGAUUUUAAUAUACAGUUCUUCUAUGUUUACUCUGAAAGCAUUAUGUCUUCUUCUAUGUAACUUACUACAAAUGCAUUUUUUAUUUAUAGGUAUAUAAGCAUUUAAGAAGAUAUCCAGAAUGGCAGAAAACAAUGAGCCAGUGUCCUUCUUGGACUUGGCUAUUGUCAUGAAGUAUUUAGACCCAAACAUGAAAUUAUCAGAAGCUCAAAUCCGGGUUUCAGAGCUCAAAAAAUGUGUUUCUGACAUGCUGAAUCUAACACAUCGUCCAUCAUUAGCAUUCUCUGAUGAGAAUUCACUUGCUCAUGGUUUGAACUUACGUGGUACUGCAAAGGAACAAAUCCAGGCUGUUAUUGACUACAAUAAAUCUCAUCCCCCGUUGAAAAUUUUUUAACUAUUAUGAGUCUGUUUAUACAUCUCCACAUCGAAUUGUAAAUGAAUUGCUCGAAGCUAAAAAAGGAAAUCUAGAUUAUCUGAAAGCUGCAGAAUCACGCGAUGAUUGUGACAUCUCAGCAUUAUCCCAAGAUGUGAUCCUACUUGCAGCUCAGACUUUCAUGUUUCGAAACAAACAUUACAAUGUUUCUGAUGAAGAGGCUCUUCAAGCUUUCCACAAUGCCAUUCAAUAUCUAAAAGGGGAGCAACGUACAUCAGCUCAGUUCAUAAAGUGUGACAGCCGAGAGCUCACAGAGAUCAUCCGAUGUGUAAACCGAUAUUUCAUUGAAGAAAGCAUAGAUAUAAUCGGCCUUGAAAUAGCUAAAAAAGUGAUGGAUAGUAUUAAUCAAGGCACAGAGCCUCCAAAACCAGACGGGUAUAUUUUUUCAUGGGAUGUACACUUGCUGUCUGAAGUUGAUUGCCUCAGGUUUAACUAUUCAGAGAGAAAUUUAAUAUUUAGAAAUGAGAGUGAUGAUUACAUAUUUCCAGAGUGGGAGAGAAUGGGGCAAAACUGUUAUCGCUGGUACAUUUUUCGUGCACAGGGUAAAUACAGCGGGAAGGACUAUUACGCCGUACAAUUAAAAAAGACUACUACAAUCGGGGGUAGUGUUCGUGAAUUUAAAGGUGAUUUCAGAGCCAGCGAAGAUCCUGCCCUUCUGAAACGAUUUCAAGAUGCCAAAAUAAACGGGAACUGUACUAGUGAAUUCCAGAGGACAGCUGCAUAUAGCUGGAGCAGAGAUGGCACACCUCCUGCGCACCCAUACUUCAUUGUGGCUCAACUCUACUGGCCUCGUAUUCCACUCAAUUCAAACUACCAGCUGGAACAAAUCACAGAUAAAGUAGCCCUAAGGGUACUUUACGAUGAGAUACCUGCUCUAGAGGAAAAAAGAACAACUGAUCUUAAAACAUACACUUGGUUUUUAAACAAACCAGAGAACGCGGUUAAUGACUUCCCAGAACUGAAAGAUUAUUCUGAGGGUCAGACUUUCUCUGAUGAUUACUUGCGUCCUUCAACAGAACCCCUUCAAACUGAUGGUUUUACUUAUGAGUGGUCAAGAGAAGAACAUGAAAGCACACACCAAGACUUCACCUUAAUAUUCAGAGCGAGGCCAACCUGUGAAAGAGUUCCUCAGGUCAUUACAGAGGAAACGAGAAUAAGAUUGGAUUACUGGCAGUAUAUCAAAGAGUUUGUGUUCUUUGGUGGGUCACGACGUGAAGGAACAGUGCUUGCCCCGGAUCCAGCUUGGAUUGAUCAGGCACACAGGAAUGGGGUCGCCAUAUUUGGCACAGUUUUUUUGCCACCUUUGACCCUUGGGGGAGACAAGAAAGACACGGAAGAACUGGCAAAACUGGAGAACCUACAGAAAUUAGUGGACAUUGCCCACCGAUUAAACUUUGAAGGGUGGUUUCUGAAUGUCGAAAGCUUCAAAAGAUAUGAUGAUUCUUGCUUAAAUGAUCUGAAACUCGCAAUUCAGAAAAUGGAUCUCAGGGGUAAAGAAAUUAUUUGGUAUUUACCCAUGUGUGAUGAAAUUGACCCCAAAUCAAAAGGAGUAAGGAUGACAUGUGAUAAAAAAAAUAAAUAACACAGCAUUUGCCUUUCUGGAAGAAGAGGGAAAAAAGUUGUAUUUGAAUUUUUUUAAAUUGGUUUGCCAAGUGUUUUCUAAUCAGGCUCCUCGGAAUUACCUCAUGUUUGUUGAUGAACCCUAUUGGGUAAACACACUUAAACACAGACAGUAUUUAGUAGAUCCUAUCAGAUUUCCAUAUGCACAUAACUGUCUUUGGCAGUUCUUUCUAGGUGAAAAUGGUCUGGAAAGAAACCCAACAGAUACAUAUCGCUGGUAUGGAAUUGCUAAAUAUGCAAAACAAAGAAAAUGAUUAAGUAAAGAUUUAACUACGCAUUUUCUCAAGUUGGAAUUCAAGCUAUCCAAGAGAUUUUGAUUUCAUCACCUUAAACAUCAACAUUAGAGUUCAAACCAGCCAUAAUUGAAGCUGCAUCUUAUUUCUGUUUCACACUUUUCUAUACCCUUAGCUUGCAAUGCACACCACUUCAUUGUUGGGAAUGGAAUAUGUAUCUGAGAUUGUUCAUCUUUUUCUGUUCUUUAUUAGAAUAAUCUUAAAGCUCAUUUAAACUCUUGCAAGUACAGGUAAUUCAUGUACAUUACUCUGUGUUGUUUAUUUGUUCUAUUGUAUCUUAACAAAAGGUAGUAUGAAA